AAGCAAAUCGGAAAGCGAAUGAGUGUGUGAUAAGAAAACAAUAGUACGGUUCUAUAAUGCCGUCGAGGUAAAAGAGCAUCCACGUUCGCUCGCUGCAUUCAGUGGCGCGUCCGACCGUGCCAAGGGUGUCUCAGCAUUCAGGCGUUGCAUUUCUCCCAAACAGAAGGGUGGUACGGUGAGUGCGUACAAUGAACUUACGGUUGGUGCAUGGAUGUGCAGUUAUGGUGAACCUUGUCUGAAGACCCAGCAACAUACGCACCACGCCGCACGCAUUCAUAAUUGGCCCGGAAGAACAUUGGUGACGCUGCGGCGGUGUUUACCUCGUGACAACCAGUUGUGAAUCUUUGCCAGCUCUACAAUGUUGCCCCGAUAAGCGUGAUCGUGCGCGGGUUAAUCAUCGCUGUUAGGUUGACCGUGUGUAGUGAGCAGCAGCGACAAGAAAAACCGGAAUAAUAUAUCCUUGGACAAAUCUAAUUCGGCGUUCAAGGCAAAAGACGCACAUUUUGAGGAGGCUCUUCUUCCGCCUUGUCUGACAGUGAGCGUUGUUGUUGUGCGUGAGUGUGUGGAAUUGGGUUGGCCAGCCUAGAAAUUAAAGCAUAUCUAUCCCUUCUGCCAUCGAACGACCUUAAAAAGCAAAAGAGGGAUAGGAAGGGCCUCUUUACCAUUAUUAGACCGUUUCGUCGCGUCUGGUGUCUGGUGUGGUUUGGUAAGAAAAAAAAAUUGUGACCGCUGCGUGGACUGCCUGUGUGCAAGUGCGUGUUGGUUGUGUGAGUGUGUUUCCUCCUUCGCCCAACGAUGUCAUACUACGCACCGAAAGCAAAGCCGGGAGGAGGCACCUUGAGGGCCGUGUACGACAAACUAUACAGCAACUGUUCAACAUUCCGCAAGCUGCACUAUGAAGAAGUGCCUGACUCGUACGAUUACAACAGCCCAAAUGCUACCAGCCAUCAGUCCGCGUACGCACACCCAGGUUCACCAUACCACCAGCAGAACCAACCGCCACCGUCCGACACCGGCAGUCCAUCGAGCGAUGCGGUUAUGAUCAAGAUCGACACACCGUCACCGUUGCGCGACGAUCAGCAGCGUUACCCGAAGGAAAUUGGCAAAACGCUCCUAGCGUUACUCUUUCUGGCACUUAACUUUUUCAUCGCCACCGUGUCACUGUCGCUCGUGCACGACCGUGUGCCGGAUCGGGAUACGCACGAACCGCUGCCGGAUGCAUUUCUAGACCGGGUGCAGGCCCAGGACUGGGCGCUCGAUGUGAGCGAAAUACUGAUCAUGGUGGUGGUGAACUCGUGCGUACUGCUGAUCACCUUCCACAAGCACCGGUUCAUCGUGAUGCGGCGUGUGUUUCUGCUCCUGUCGGUGCUGUACAUGAUGCGGUCGGUUACGAUGUACGUCACAGUGCUGCCCGUGUCCAGCCGGACGUACUACUGCAGCCCGAAGUCGAAUGCGAGCAGUGCGGGAGUGAUCGUGAAGCGAGCGUUUCAGCUAAUCUCCGGCAUGGGUCUGUCGAUCAACGGGAAGCAGAUCUACUGCGGUGAUUACAUCUACAGUGGCCAUACAGUGACGCUAGUGCUGGGUUAUUUAGUGAUAUCCGAAUAUUCACCCAAACGCUUCUGGCCGAUACAUUGGAUCUAUUGGAUGGCCAGUGCGACCGGUGUUGUGAUGGUGCUCGUUGCACACGGUCAUUAUACAGUUGAUGUGCUAAUAGCGUACUACGCAACGACGCGGCUUUUCUGGACCUAUCACACACUUGCCAACAACAGCUUACUUUUAAAGCAAAAUGGUAAUAAUUAUAUUGGACGUGAAUGGUGGUACUUCGGAUUCCGGUACUUUGAGCGCAAUGUACGCGGUCCCAUCCCGCUCCAGUACGACUGUCCGCUUGCACUCCCGGCGUCCUGGACGAAAAAGUCGCCCAAGUUGCCAGGACGUGAAAGUUGAUACCAUCACCACCACCGAUGGCUGAUCGUCGACACUUACCUGAUUGUGUUCGCUGAACCCACCCACCCGAGGGAGGAUUAGUGUACGUACCGGUUGCGUAUGUGAUUUGUCCAGUUGCAUAUCGUAUGCCACAACUGAAUUCCGAGCUCUAAUCCACGAUGCUUUAAUGCAGCAUUACAAGACGAGAAGGACAAUCAGUUCUAGCGUGAAAAGCAUACUCACCGAGAACAUGAUUUUUGUUCAUACGAAGCGGAAAGCAAAACUAAAACAAAAGACUUUUUAAAA